AGAAUCUUGUAAGGAUUUUUUCUUUUGCACUCCCUAUAUAUAGGGUUAGCUUCUUAACCAUUUCCAUCCACCAGAAACAUUGGCUUCUCUUCUCAAACACUUAGAUAUACUUAUAAUAACAUAUCAUACUCUACAAGCUAUAGAUUUCAGUUUUGGGAGCUUGGAAAAUUAAAUGGCAAGCUCAAGGGUGUUAGGUACUGCAUUCUUGGUCUUGCUCCUUGUCGACCUCUGCUUUGCUGGUAGGUCGUCAAAGGCGAUUGCAGGUGGUGGAGGAGGAGGAGAAGGGGGAGGAGGUGGUGGCGGUGGCGGUUUAGAUGCAGGACUUGGGUCUGGCUCUGGGCAUGGGUCUGGAGGUGGUGAAGGAUAUGGUGGGGCAGGAGGGUUUGGAAGCGGAGGAGGUGGAGGCGGAGGUGGAGGUGGAGGUGGUGGUGGAGGUGGUGCCUCUGGUUCUGGUAGGGGUUCUGGUUCAGGAAGUGGCGCGGGAUAUGGAUCUGGUUCUGGUGGUGGGAAGGGAGGUGGUGGAGGCGGAGGUGGUGGGGAAGGAGGAGGUGGUGGUGGAGGUGGAGGCACAGGCAAUGGAAGUGGGUCAGGUUUCGGAUAUGGUAGUGGAAGUGGGUCAGGAUACGGAAGUGGAGGAGGAAAAGGUGGCGGUGGAGGUGGAGGUGGAGGAGGAGGUGGUGGUGGUGGCAAUGGAGGUGGGAACGGCUCUGGCUACGGUUCAGGGGCCGGCGGUGGAUCUGGCUAUGGAGGAGGAGGAGGAGGAGAGGAUGAUGGUGGUUUCCCAUGAGCAAGAACGUGGAAGGGAAUGUUUGUGUGUAGGUAACAACUGAUUGUGUUGGAAUAAAACUACGGCUGCUCCACCACUUCAAUAUUCAUUAUGGAGAUCACGGUGGUGGUGGUGGCCCAUACGUACGGCCAUCUGUACUCUACCGAAUAACUAAAUUAAUCAUUGGCAUUAGUGCUUUGUUUUCACAUAUAAAUAUAAUAAUUAAUGAAGUUGUCUUUUAUUUUUAAAUUUCAA